AUGGAGUCGGUUAUGGAUUCAGUCGAGACUAUAUUACAUAAAAUUGAUUCAGACCUUUAUAUACCAAAAAAUAUUCGACAAUUAUUAAUCUACCAAGGCUUUGAUAAUUUAGAAGGCAUCUCUUUAAUGAACGAUCAAGACAUUUGUGAUAUGGAAUGCUUCGCACAGAAGGUCCUACCUAAGCUAAUGAUGAAAAAAUCAUCCGAAGAAAAGUUAGAUAUUUAUGGUAUUUACGCUGAAAAUACGGAAUUGUUUCAAAUACCACCCGGUCACAAAAAGCUAUUACAGUCUUUUUCUGAAGCUUGCAAAAUUUAUAAAGCAAGUCAAAGAAAACCUCUCAAAAGAAAAAAAGAAAAUAUAAACGGUUGCGAUAAAUGCAAGUGUACCUGUAAAAAUGAAAAAAGAAAUAAAGUUGAUAAACAAAAUCUGAAAACUCAAAAUGAUGCAUUAGGAAACAUCUCGGGCAUAGACGAUCAACUUAGAGCCAAGAAAAAUAUUAUAGAUCACUUAAAGCGACUGUCUCAAGAAUAUGUUAAAAAAUUGUACUCUUCUUUGGGAAAAGAACAAAAUCUUAAUACUGAAGACAUUGUUGUAAAUAUACUGGGGGAAGGUCCUACAUUUUCUUUUGCAACAGUUCGUUGCCCAAUUCCGAAAUGUGGUUUUGAAUACAAAGUAUCUUCAUCUGAUGGACGGUACGGUAAAAAGUGGAUUUUGUCUAAUUUCAAUAAACAUCUUAAGACUCAUUUUAAAUCCGAAAUGAAUGAACAAUUACUGAGACCAUCAAAGGGUUCUACAAAUUCAUCAUUGCUCAAUUUCCUUGAGGGCGGAGGUGACUUAGAGGGGGAAACUCGGGCGGGCACCUCCGCGUUAUAUUCAAAGCUGCAAGCAACACCUAAACAAAGCUUCAAUCAUCGCUUUAACGAAAAUCCUAGGAGUCGUCAUCAACGUAACCGUAGGAUGUUGAAUACUGUUGCUUUGCAUCAAAAUCAAACAAAAUUGUCUGAUUUUUACUCAGUCUUUAAGAAUGUUCAAAUGUAUUUGGAAAGAGACUCUACAAUGAGACAGAAUUUGUUGCAACAUUCUAAGCAAUACAUUGACCAGAUUACUUUUACGGCUGAUGAACGUACUAAUAAAAGUAAGGGGUUGCUGAAUAUCUUAAAGGAACAUGCACUUAAAAACAGCGAAGUAAAAUUACAUGGAAAUAGAUUUGAUGAACCAUUAAAAUUGUUUGGUCUGUAUAUUUUUAUUAUUGGAGGAAGACUGUUAUAUGAAACUCUUUAUCAAAAUUUGAGAUGUUCCUUGCCUUCUAUAACAACAAUCAAUAAAACUUUAGAUGAAUGCCAAAAAAUUAAGGAAGGUCAACUUAGAUUUUCUGAAUUAAAGACUUACUUAGUUAAGAGAAAUCUGCCACUAAAGGUUUUUAUAAGUGAAGAUCAGACUGCCAUUUUGAGAAGAAUUCAGUACGAUCCAAAAACAAAUGAGAUGACUGGAUUCUUGUUACCUCUGUCUGAAAAUACUGGUUUCCCAAUAACUGGAAAAUACGUUGUAAAUACUUUGUCCGAUAUUGAAAUAGCAUUGAAGGAGGGAACCAUAAGCAACAAUGCUUAUGUAUUUAUGGCACAGCCUUUGGCUGAACAUACCCCUGGAUUUUGUUUAGGAAUAUUUGGAACUGACAAUAGAUUCAACUAUAAAGACGUCCUAAAAAGAUGGAAUCACAUAGUUAAUGAGGCAGGAAAAGAAGGAAUACUCAUUGAAGGAUUUUCUUCGGAUGGAGACCCAAAAUGCUUAAAAUCAAUGCGAAUAUGGUCAAAUGUGGGACAUUCAAAUCACGAGACGAAGAAACAAGAUGGAUGUGAAUGUCCUUAUGAGUCUUAUUUUAAGGUAGGUGAUAAAUUUUGUUUCCCGAGAGAGGAUAAUAAACGAUUAGGCGGUAAAAGAAAUACUACUGAACAUCCAAAGAAAUUACCAUCCUCGGCUGAAAUCAAAGAAGUUAUAGAAUCUGCAAAAAAUAACGCAUUACAAGAAUUGACUGCGUUGGGAAUCUCUUUCUUGGAAUCUAGGGAGGACUUAAAUCGAGGCUUAAAUGAAAACCAGUCAAUGAAUUCGCCGGAAAAAGUUUUUCAAACCAUUUCCGUAUCAGUUUUGAAAGACAAUGAGAAAAAUGAAGACAAAGAUGAAAAAAAUAAAAGUGACUCGGAAAGUGACUUGGAGAAGAAUAUCGAAUUUGGAGAAAUGGAAGUGUCUGAUCAGGAAAAUAUUGAAGAACCGGAUACAGCUGAAAAAUCUACAUUAUUUUCGACAUUUGAUAAUUUAUACCUAAAGGACUAUUCCCAGCAUGACUUACAAAUCAUAAAAGAACAAGAAACAAAAUCAAAGCUGGACACUAAACCGAGCACCAAACUAAAAAAUGCUAAAAAUAGAACUACAAAAAUUACCAAAAAUGAAAGUGACCUUUCAUCGAUGUCUUCGGAGUCAUCAGAAGUAGAUGAUGAUGUGGAGUAUGCAAGCGAAAGUGAGACCUUAAGUGAAACGUUUUCGGAUACAGAGAUCGACUCAAUACCUGCAUCAAACGAGGAUAAAGGCAACUUUUCGGGCAACUUUAUAAAAGUUAAAAAUGAAGAAUAUUAUUGUGUAUAUUACGACAAUAGCUGGUAUAUCGGUAGAGUAAUUACACGUAUUGAUGAAAACACAUCAAAAAUUAAGUUUUUGAAUCUUAUUUAG